AUGGCUAACUCGUGUCGUAAGCCCGACAUGCUGGUGUUUGACUCGGACAUCGUGCACCGGUGGGCGGUCUUUAAACGUGAUUUCGAACAUUACAUCGUCCAGGAGCGGUUUGCCCAGAAACAGGCCAUCCAGAAGCGCUCCCACGACAAGUCCUGUCGUCCCCUUCCGCGUCUCUUCCCGAACCAGGUGGUCCGGAUGCGGUCCCCCUCCGGCCACUACCGGCUAGCCGUGGUCGUCGGCUCUGCGGGCUCUCCUCGGUCUUACCUCAUUGACUACGAGGCGUAUGAGUCCUGGUCGCACUGUCACUGCUAUAAUACUUUGUUUUCCGAGGGGAAGGAUACAAGGAGGAGCCCCGGUGCCCAAACCUCCCCCCCGGGCAGUGCUGGGACCACUGGAUCAUCACACAGGCGAGUCAAGGAGAGUCAGAGAAGGAGAAUGGGAAAUGACAGCUCCAGCCAACAGGCGGCUCAGUCUGAGACCCCCUCAUACUUCACACAGGAAGAGCUCAACAAACUGAAGUCCGACUUCGAAACGGGAGGUGUGGAAAAGGUUAAACAUCUGCUACAGAAGAAGGUGAAAGAACUGGACAACACCGAGCUGAACAUCGCCGUGACGGGAGACACGGGUGCAGGAAAGUCCAGCUUCAUCAACGCCAUGAGAGUGCUUCGUAGCGAAGAUGUGGGAGCGGCUGCGGUUGGGACCACGGAAACUACAAUGGAGCCAACCGGAUACCCACAUCCCAAUCUGCCCAAUGUCCGCUACUGGGACCUGCCGGGGAUCGGAACCACACGAUUCACCGCGGGUACCUACCUGGAGAAAAUGCAAUUUCAAAAAUAUGAUUUUUUCAUCAUAGUGGCAGCUGGUCGAUUCAGAGAGAAUGAUGCAAAACUUGCCAAGGAGAUUAAGCGGCUGGGGAAGGAGUUCUAUUUUGUCCGCUCCAAGCUUGACUUUGACCUUAAUUCAAUGCGGCAGCAACGGGAGGAAUUUGAUGAAGAAGCAGAAAUGGAAAAUAUGCGGAGCGACUGCGUCAGUAGGUUGGGAAAGGCCGGGAUCCCCGAUCCAAAAGUGUUCCUGAUAUCCAGUUUUAACAGUGAUAUGUAUGAUUUCCCUCGGUUUAUGAAAACACUUGAAGAUGGUUUACCAAAUAUCAAGAAAUCUGUCUUUGUCCUGGUCCUUCCCAAUCUCCAGGGGAGCCGCGCGAUUGGCAGCCCCGCCCGAAAGUCUGUUUUUUCGUUUUUUGGGGGUAUUUUUAAUCCGUUUAAGAAGUCUGUGUAG